GAUUCCUAGGCUUGGACCUAAAGCUGCUUUCUUGAACAGGAAAGUCAUUAAGCCUGUCUUUACAUCAUUGAGUGGGAAGAACAGCAGCCCAUCUAAUACAUUCUAGUAUGCAAUAGACUGCAGCCUGUUGGGUACUCUUGGCAAUAGACUCUAAAGCUAAAGGGAGGGGGAUAAACACAUUUAUACAGGAGAUCAUCAACAUGCCAAUCCAGUGAAACUGAAAGCUGGUUAGUUUUCAAGGUCUGUGGGAGGAUAUCCACUGCUCACUGGGUCCUGAGUGCUUUACUAAAGGACUUAUAACCUUACCCACCACCUUUGUUCACAGCUCAAUGGAGUUUGUGACAGCCCUAGAAGACCUCCAAACAGGGGCUAGCUGCCCCAUCUGUCUGGACUACUUGAAAGACCCAGUGACCAUCAACUGUGGGCAUAACUUCUGUCUCUCUUGCAUCAGUAUCUCCUGGAAGGAUCUAAAUGAUACUUUCCCCUGUCCCUUUUGCCGUCAUUGCUUUCCAGAAAGGAAGUUCACAAGCAAUCCCCAGCUGGGCAAUUUGAUUGAAAUUGCUAAGCUACUACAGGUAAGAAGAAGCAAGAGGAAGAGGAAAGAAGAGAAGCUUAUAUGUGAAAAGCAUAAUCAGGUUUUGACCUUUUUCUGUCAGAAGGACCUAGAAGUUUUAUGUCCACAGUGUAGUUUCUCCACUGAUCACCGGAAUCACUACAUUUGGCCCAUAGAGAAGGCUGCUCCUCAUCAUAGGAAAAGAUUAGAGAAUUGCAUUGAACCAUGGAAGGAGAGAAUUGAACAAGUGGAAAAGGUGAUAAUGAUGCAAACCAGAAAAUCAUUGGAACUGAAGAAGAAGGUGGAAUAUAGGAGGGAAGAAAUAAAGUCUGAAUUUGAGCAACUUUUGUUGUUUCUCAAAAAUGAGCAAGAGACUGUUCUUCGGCAAUUACAAGAUGACGAAGUGGACAUUUUAACAAAACUAAAUGAAAACCUGACAACAUUUUCAAAUCAUCUUUCCACAUUAAAAUAUCUACUAAAGGAGAUUGAGGGCAAAUACAUGAAGUCAGGGCUGGAAUUUCUAACAGAUGUUAAAAGUAUCUACCAUAGAUAUAAAACCUUAAAGUCCCCUGAACCUUUUUCAUUCCAAUUAAAGGAAUAUGGUUACCAUCUUCCUCCACAAUAUUCUGGCCUAAACAAAAUUAUCAAGCGAUUUCAAGUAGAUCUAAUUCUAGAUCCUGAAACAGCACAUCGUAGGCUUAUUAUCUCGGAAGAUAGAAAAACUGUGCAAUAUGGAAAUAAGAUGCAUAGCUUACCUCAUAACCCAAGGAGGUUUUAUCUCUGCCCGGCUGUUCUGGGUUCUGGGGGCUACAAUUCUGGCAGGCAGUAUUGGGAGGUGGAUGUGAAAGAUAAGCCUGAAUGGAUUGUUGGUGUCUGCAGAGACUCUCUUCCCAGAAGGAGAAAGAAUCAGAAUCAACCAAUUUUAGUGCAGGAUGGAUUAUGGGGUAUUGGGCGAUGUAGUCAGAGUAAUUAUAUUGCGUUGGGUCCUAAAAAAAUUAAUCUGCUGCCAAAAGUAAUACCCAGAAAGAUUGGCAUUUUUUUAGACUGUGAAUUGUGUGAGAUUUCUUUUUACAACUUGAGUGAUAGAUCUCUUCUCUAUAUUUUUAACUAUUAUUUUACAGAAACACUCUGGCCUUAUUUCUACACUGGAACAGACUCAAAACCUCUUAAAAUCUGUACAGUAACAGAUUCUGAAUGAUGAACUAUUGUAAAAUUCUUAAUUGUUUUUUUUUCUAUUGAGGCAGUGCACAGAACUAAGCCAAUUAAUCUAGUCUCAACAAUUCUGUUGUUUUUUGUUGUUGGUUUUUUGUUUGCUUUGUUUUGUUGCAGUUUUAGUUUUUCCUUUAAACAACCAGAAUGGUUUUUAUCUCUGUUUCAGCAGCUUCUAGAAAAUAUAGUUAUAGGGGCACCUGGCUGGCUCAGUGUGUAGAACAUGGCAACUCUUGAUCCCAGGAUCAAGUCUGAGCCCCACGUUAGGGGUAGAGUUUACUUUUUUUAAAUAUGGUUAUGGGACACCUGGGUGGCUCAUUCAAUUGGGCAUCUGACUCUUGAUUUUGGCUCAGGUCAUGAUUUCGCAGUUUGUGGAAUCGAACCCCACAUUGGGCUCUGAGCCGACAGCAUGGAGCCUGCUUGGCUGCUUGGGAUUCUCUCUCUCUCUCUCUCUCUCUCUCUCUCUCUGUCUCGAUAAAUAAACAAACAAACAAACAAACAGGGAAAAGUCUGGUUAUGCCUACUUUACAGAUAAAUUGUGGGAUCAAAUUGGAGAAUGGUUUGGAAAUUCUAAUAAAAUACCUAUAAAAUAUGUUACUUUAGAAGUCUAGUAAUUGUCAUUAAAAGUCCAAUAAAUUUUUUU